AUGCCAGCUCUCGCCGGAGUCACCUCCGCUAGCAUCACACCCAUCAGCAGCACCGGCCAGUUAGAGAGCGUCACUGCGCCUCGCAAGCUGCUGCUGCGAGCCUCCAAUCCCAGGCAGCUGGACGAAUUAAACUCGGAUGGCUGCACUGACAGCGGCGGUGACACGAGCACCGGCGGUGACACGAGCACCAGCGGUGACACGAGCACCGGCGGUGACACGAGCACCGGCGGUGACACGAGCACCGGCGGUGACACGAGCACCAGCGCGGUGGCAGCAGCAGCAGCAGCAGCAGCUGUGGACGUGGCAGCCAUUCUGGAGGAGCACAACAAGGCCCGGCGGGAAGUGGGUGUGCCGGACCUCUCAUGGGAUGAUGGGGUGGCAGCAACGGCACAGGCAUGGGCGAACAACCUUGCCUCUAGAGGAUGCGUGAUGGAGCAUGGAGGAGCGGAUGGGCUUGGGCAGAACCUGUACUGGAAGGGCCCUGUGCAGCUGAGCAGUGAGGAGGACCGGGCGGCCGUGCAGUCGUGGGUGGCGGAGCAGGCGGACUGGUCAUACAGCCCCGUGCCGCAGGGGUGUGCUGCUGGCAAGCAGUGCUUGCACUACACGCAGGUGGUGUGGCGGGAUACCACACACGUGGGGUGCGGUGCUGCCCAGUGUGCGGAUGGGGGGUGCAUGUGGGUGUGCGACUACUCGCCGGCAGGCAAUGUGCUUGGGUCCACUCCUUUCUAG